AUGAAGAUGUCGUCUCCCGCCGCCCUCUGCGUCUUCGUCCUCCUCGCCUCCCUCCUAGCGGCGGCCAGGGCCGAGGACCCCUACCGGUUCUACACCUGGAACGUCACCUUCGGCGACAUCUACCCGCUCGGCGUCAAGCAGCAGGGGAUCCUGAUCAACGGGCAGUUCCCGGGGCCGCAGAUCGACGCCGUCACCAACGACAACAUCAUCAUCAACGUCUUCAACAACCUGCCCGCACCAUUUCUCCUCUCAUGGCAGGGGAUUCAGCAGAGGAGGAGCUCAUGGCAAGACGGCGUGUACGGCACAAACUGCCCGAUCCCUCCGGGGGGCAACUUCACCUACAACAUGCAGUUCAAGGACCAGAUCGGGAGCUACUACUACUUCCCUUCUCUCGCGUUCCAUAAGGCGGCUGGCGGGUACGGUGGCAUCAGGGUCCUUAGCCGCCCGAGGAUCCCCGUUCCGUUCAACCCCCCUGCCGGUGAUUUCACCAUCUUGGCCGGUGACUGGUUCAAGCUCAACCACACUGACUUGAAAGGCAUUCUGGACAGUGGUAACGACCUUCCGUUCCCUGACGGGCUCCUUAUCAAUGGCCAUGGCUCGAAUGGCAAUAGGUUCACAGUAGACCAAGGGAAAACAUAUCGUUUUCGGGUGUCAAACGUGGGCAUCUCGACCUCGGUGAACAUAAGGAUCCAGGGCCAUUCCUUGCUCCUGGUGGAGGUGGAGGGAUCGCACACCAUGCAGAACACCUACUCGUCGCUCGACAUCCACCUAGGCCAGUCCUACUCGUUCCUCGUGAAGGCGGACCAGCCACCCCAGGACUACACCAUCGUCGUCUCGACGCGCUUCACCAACCCCGUUCUCACCAACACCGCCAUGCUCCAUUACAGCAACUCGAAUGGCGUCCCCGCAGCGUUGCCUCCUCCCCCCGGGCCGACCGUCGAGAUCGACUGGUCUCUGAAUCAGGCCAGAUCAAUCCGGUGGAACCUGACGGCGAGUGGACCGAGGCCGAACCCUCAGGGGUCGUACCACUAUGGCCAAGUGAACACGACAAGAACGAUGAGGCUCGCCAACUCGCGGGUCACCAUCAACGGCAAGCUGAGGUACGCGGUGAACAGCGUGUCCUUCAUCCCGACCGACACCCCGCUCAAGGUCGCCGACUUCUACAACAUCCAGGGCGUGUUCACGCCGGGGAGCAUGCCCGACGCCCCGUCCGGCGGCCCCGCCUACCUCCAGACGGCCGUCAUGGCGUCCAACAUGCGGGACUACGUUGAGGUCGUUUUUGAGAACGCCGAGGGCUCCGUGCAGUCCUGGCACAUCGACGGCUAUGCCUUCUGGGUCGUUGGGGAUGGACGGAGGGCAGUGGACGCCGGCGAGCCGUCAGAACUACAACCUGAGAGACGCGAUCGCCCGGUACACGUUGCAGGUGUAUCCUGGGGCGUGGACAGCGAUAUACAUGCCACUGGACAACGUGGGGAUGUGGAACGUUCGGUCGGAGAGCUGGGGCAGGCAGUACCUGGGCCAGCAGUUCUACCUGCGGGUAUACUCGCCGGCGAACUCGUGGCGCGACGAGAACCCCAUCCCCAAGAACGCACUGCUCUGCGGCCGCGCCUCCGGCCGCCGGACCAGGCCGCUCUGAAUUCAGUUUCCGUGUCAUGA